GUCAAAUCAAAGGCCGACACCACAACUGCCUUGUCGAGAGAUGCAUCUAAGCAUGUGCUCCUUGCUCUCGACUCGGCUGGCUGCUCCCUCUUGUGAACUCUACUCGCUCUUUCUCCCAUCCUCAUCCGACCUUUCCCUCCUCAUCCCUUCCAUCCACGAUGCCUCUCUAUCUGACCGGGGCCCACUCCUCCCGCGUCAGUAAGCCGGGUCAAAGAUCCCUCAACAACAACAAUACCCGUCGUCAUUCUGCCUCGCCCUUCGCGAACAUUCCACGCACCAAAGCAUCCGUUUCGAGGACAAAGCCACUUUUCGAAAGUCUCGACGAUGGCGACGAGGACGAAGAAAGACUAGACGCUACUGGAAAAAUCCUCCCCACUUUGUCCAUCGAUGGGGCCCAGGAUGUUCUUUCCGCUAUGCAACAUGCUCGUGCUACCAUGUUUGCACCUAUUCCAGAUCGAGCGGGCAUGAACAGCGUCCGCAUCGCCGAGGUUCUGAAUUUCCAGAAGAACCUCCCUGCUAUGGUGUCGCUGGCUCAUGUCCAUGCUGUCGUAUCAGCGUCUUCAAAGACCGAGCGCCAGCUCGCCGCGCUUCAGGCUGCCGGGAAGGUGCGUAAGCUCAGGGUAACCGGUCGAGGUAACGACAUUAGUGGUACUAGUGAGGUCUUGAUCACAAUGAACGAUUUGCGACUCCUGCUGGAGCGAAGUAGAGUUGCCACAGAGGUUAUUUCUGAUUUCUGCAGCCUUCUUUUGCAUCAGCCUAGGGCCACAUCAGUCUCUGCUCAAGCUCUACCAGCGUCUCAUGUGACUGCUUUGACGCGAACCGGCUUCCUUGUUUCUUCCUCUCUGUCUGGCUCCCGCAACCUUUCCUUGGCAGGUUCAUCUCUGGUGGGCAUGCCAAAGAUUUCUCGUGCAGCCUCUGGUACUUCUGACGCCGUGGGCGGAGAAGCAGCGUUCGAAGAACUGGGUGGGACCGGCGGUGCGAAGCGCCCUACCUCUGGACCCCAGAGCACCACAGGAAGUGACUUGACACUGUCCGUACCCAACUUGGGCCCCUACCUCAGGUUACUCAAUGCUGGACGUGCCCAUCUGCUUGAGCUCCUGGGGAAAUCCAAAUAUAAGGAAGGCCCUUUGUACCUCCUGCGGGAGCGAUGGGAUGGUGCCAUUGAUUCUGACAACCGAAUCUCGUCUGCAAAGCGUCUCCGCGGAGAGUUCUCUGCUGUUCUGCCGGCCAAGACAAAAAAAUGGAAAGACCUGUAUGGUCUGAACUUCGACUGGGUUGUUGAAGAAUGUCUGGGAGCCGGCUUGAUUGAGCUUUUCGAGACCAAGAGUGUCGGCCUUGGUAUAAGAGCAUUGGGCUGAACGACUUUUAAAUUGCUGCCAAGCAGGUUCUGCAAGUCAGCUUCCAAAACCUUCAAGAAACCGCGUCCUAUCAUUCCGGGCAAUUCGCCAGGCUCGUGGAAGGCAACAGGGCGAUCUUACCUAUGUAAGCUAUCAUGUCAUCCUCCCAGAGUUGAGCUGGGACAAGAUACACCGGCGUCGUGGAGUAAGGCAAUGAAAUGCGACAAUCUAAGCAACGCCGCCGUUUACGCACAAGAGUCAGGUCAGAUGCUAGAAGAGGAUACUAUCUCAAGUCAGCGUCGGACGAGUCAAAAUUCGUCGCAGAACUGCCAACAUUAUAUUACAGAUAUAAAAUUAUGAACUAGAUCUCUCUCGAAGGCGAAAGAGAGCAUGCCUGCGCAUGUACAGUCACCGGCGCUCGAGAAUCAGGUACAGGGUAUCUCUGUGUACAACAUAUAAAUCACACAUCAGAAGGAAAUCAUGUAAUAUUUACUUAUACAAGGUACCUAGUCACACCUGUACAAUACAUGGCG